ACAGCGCUGUGGUCGCUGGUGAUCAUCUCCUGGGAGCGCUGGUUCGUGGUGUGCAAACCCUUCGGCAACAUCAAGUUCGACGGGAAGUUGGCGAUCGCCGGGAUCCUCUUCUCCUGGAUCUGGUCCUGCGCCUGGACCGCGCCGCCCAUCUUCGGCUGGAGCAGGUAUUGGCCCCACGGGCUGAAAACGUCCUGCGGCCCCGACGUGUUCAGCGGCAGCACCGACCCGGGGGUGCAAUCGUACAUGGUGGUCCUGAUGACCACCUGCUGCAUCAUCCCCCUCGCCAUCAUUAUCUUCUGCUACCUGCAAGUCUGGCUCGCCAUCCGGGCG